AUGUCGGCCCAAGAGAUGGAGGAAGCAGCUUGGGGUAUUCAAGUGGCAAACUACGUGACAUGCGGCUUUUCGUUCCUGGUUAUCUACAGGAUUUUUCUCAACUUGGAUGACGAGGUAACGUUUUGCAAUCAUGUCGACCUUUUAUGGCUCACUUACGGGGGAAUGAUGGAAACUGUGUAUGGCCUCGGUCAUAAUGGGACAAGGGGUGAUGCCAUCUUUGAUCAUAUUCGGUCUGAACGGUCCAAGAAAGUGUUCACGUUUGUGGUCGUGUGUUUCCUGAUCACUCAGGCGCUUAAUAUUGCCUCAUUCAUCGACCUCAUGGCCAAGGUGUCUGUCUUUGUUUCAUUUGGUGCCUCUAUCUGCGGCUACGAGGCCAUAUUGCUUCUCAUGGUACUAUACCGCUUCCUAAGACAGCUAAGGAGCCGACGCGGAGAAACAAUGGGUUUCAAUACCUUUCUGGACUUCUUGGCUAGAAAUCACGCCUUUUACUUUCUGAUGGCAACCAUCGCAUGGGCGUGUCAGUUGUGCUCCGCGCUAAGUGAUUUUAAGGCUGACACAUCUGAUAGGGUCACACAGCAAUACAACGCAACUGAACUUGCCAUCGGCUCGGCUGUAUCGAUGUACUCCUUCUGUAUGUUAGGACCAAUAAUGUUCCUCAGUAUUCUACGUUAUGACGACUAUCGUGUCCAAGGCGGAACAUACGAUGGUACCGAGGUGAACACAAUGCGGUUUGCAGCAGACGAUUCCUCGGCAGCCGAUAUAGGACUAGGAGAGCACCGUCUAUAG